AUGAAGUACUUAUUCCUGUACACCGCUAUCCACUUCAUAUCGUUGCUCAUUUUCUCGUACAGAGAGUACAUGGUGGAGGAGUCCGUCUACUCGGUUUUCAUCAGAACAACGAACAAUAACGGGCUGCAUCUGUUCCACGCUGCCUUCCUGAUACUUCUUCUCUUCAUCAGCGGUAAACUGCUGGUGAGCUUGUUCCUGGAUGGCAUUCGCUCUGAGGAGCAAAGUACAAUCAACGACAACUGCUUCAUGUUCCUGACCGAUACUCUGCUCAUAAUAUCGAUUUUUUCUGAGGAUAUAUCCAUAAAAAAUUUGAUAUUAUUCUGCUACCUUCUGACGUUGAAGUGCCUUGCAUGGGUGUUCAGUGAACGUGUAACCCAUCAGAAUGACAGGAUGAUCGUUUCUUUUGGUGUCCUCAUCAUUGUGCAGUCGCUUACAUCUUUUAUCCUCUCCCUGAAGAGCAGUUUUGAGGAACCCAACGUUCAGAUUUUAUUUACCUUUGAAUACGGUAUUGUGACCCUUGCAUGUGUCAAGUCCUUGGUGUCUAUGUUCCUCGAAGAUUCUAUCAAGUUGUUCUGGGUUGAUAUAACGUUUGUCUCGCUCAAGCUGGUUGCACAUAUUUCCUUCUUCUGUUUCACCACCAUGCACUAUAGAAUACCCUUUAACGUGUUCAGGGAAUGUUUUUCAACCUUUAAGACGCUCUUCAAGAAAAUUAACAACUUCAGAGCGUUCCUUAAGAUCAGCAAAUACUUGGAAACGUGCCCGAAGAUGAGCACAGGUACCUGUGCAAUUUGCACGGAGGAUAUGGAGGAUGAGAAAGGACGCAUUAUAAAGUGCAAGCACUCCUUUCACUUGGAGUGUCUUAAGAGAUGGGUUGAGCAACAGCAAGUUUGCCCUAUAUGCAGGGAUGUUAUCAUGAGCAAGGAAAACGAUAAUAAAGGGGUAACCGAUGGCAGUUUGGUUGGUAUUCCGGUUUCAACUGCAUAGUAAAUAAAAGUAUUU